UGCAUUCAGAUGGUGGUGGGCUCCACGAUCCUGGCCCUCACGCUCUCCCUGCAGCUCACCGCCUUAAUCUUCACCCUGCCCUUCUGUGGGCACCGCCGGGAGAUCAACCACUUCCUCUGCGAUGUGCCUCCAGUCCUGCGCCUGGCGUGCGCUGACACCCACGUGCACCAGGCCGUUCUCUACUUCGUGGGCAUCCUCGUGCUGACGGUGCCCUUCCUGCUCAUCUGUGUCUCCUACGUGUUCAUCACCCGCGCCAUCCUCCGCAUCCGCUCUGCCCAGGGCCGCAGCAGGGCUUUCUCCACCUGCUCCUCGCACCUCACGGUGGUCCUGCUUCAGUACGGCUGCUGCAGCCUGGUCUACCUGCGUCCCCGGUCCAGCACCUCGGAGGACGAGGACCGCAAAAUCGCGCUCGUCUACACCUUUAUCACCCCCUUACUCAACCCUUUGAUCUACACCCUCAGGAACAAGGAUGUCAAAGGUGCUCUGAAGAGAGCCAUCGUCAGUAAAGCGGCCUCUGGCACCGACUGA